AUGUUUGCUGCCAGCUUCUUCCGAAAGUGGUUCGAUGCCGUUCCGCACGCGGGUGCAAAGCUGCCAAAAGUCAUGAAAUCAUCACCCGAACGAGAGCUCCCCAGCUCCCCAGUAAAAUCAAUCCUGCCAGGGGCGGAGGGGGUUUGCCGCUGCAGCUACAGGGUUUGGAGCAACCAGCAUUGA